AGUCAAUAUGGACGGUACGGCUGGCUGGCAAAGCAGCUUCUGAGGGGCUGCAGAGGUGCAGCUUCUCGCCAGCAGCGGUCCCCCUGCUCCCCGCCCCCCCUCCGCCGCUCCCGUCCCUGGGGCCGGCGCGCUAGUCACUUCAUGGGGGCGGGCCUCUGCAGCCCGCUCCUUGUUUCCUGUUCAGAGGCGGCCCCGCGGUAGGCGGCGACGACGCUACCCGCGCCCCCUUUGGCGCGUUGACCGAACGAUUGAGGGCUGCAUCUUGUGCCGUUGCGCCAGUCCAGACCCUGUGCCGCCAUGGCCCCGGUGCAGCUGGAGAACCACCAGCUGGUCGCUCCCGGAGGUGGAGGCAGCGGUGGUCCCGCGUCAGCGCCGGCACCUCCUCCCCCGGGAGCCGCUGUGGCGGCGGCGGCGGCGGCGGCAGCCAGCCCAGGAUACCGGCUCAGCAGUCUCAUCGAGUUUUUGCUCCACCGGGCCUACUCGGAGCUCAUGGUGCUAACUGACCUACUACCACGGAAAUCUGAUGUGGAAAGGAAAAUAGAAAUAGUGCAAUUUGCUAGCCGAACACGCCAACUCUUCGUUCGAUUACUAGCUUUGGUAAAAUGGGCUAAUAAUGCUGGCAAAGUAGAAAAAUGUGCGAUGAUCUCUAGCUUUUUAGAUCAGCAAGCUAUCCUGUUUGUGGACACAGCUGAUCGCCUAGCUUCACUAGCUAGAGAUGCUCUGGUACAUGCACGCCUGCCUAGUUUUGCCAUCCCAUAUGCUAUUGAUGUCCUGACUACUGGGUCUUAUCCACGACUGCCAACCUGCAUUAGGGAUAAAAUUAUUCCUCCUGAUCCAAUUACCAAAAUUGAGAAACAAGCCACACUUCAUCAGUUGAACCAGAUUCUUAGACAUCGGCUUGUAACCACUGAUCUGCCUCCUCAGUUAGCAAAUCUUACAGUUGCAAAUGGCAGAGUGAAGUUUAGAGUUGAAGGAGAAUUUGAAGCCACCUUGACUGUGAUGGGAGAUGACCCUGAUGUUCCUUGGCGUCUUCUCAAGCUAGAAAUUCUUGUUGAGGAUAAGGAGACGGGAGAUGGGCGAGCUUUGGUUCACAGUAUGCAAAUCAACUUUAUCCAUCAACUUGUGCAGUCUAGGCUCUUUGCUGACGAGAAACCUCUUCAAGACAUGUACAACUGCCUACAUUCAUUCUGCUUAUCACUUCAGUUAGAAGUAUUACAUUCCCAAACGCUAAUGUUAAUCCGAGAGCGAUGGGGAGACCUUGUACAAGUGGAAAGGUAUCAUGCUGGAAAGUGCCUCUCCCUCUCAGUUUGGAAUCAACAGGUUCUUGGGAGAAAAACAGGGACAGCAUCUGUUUACAAAGUUACAAUUAAAAUAGAUGAGAAUGAUGUCUCUAAGCCUUUACAGAUUUUUCAUGAUCCUCCUUUGCCGGCUUCUGAUUCCAAAUUAGUAGAAAGAGCAAUGAAGAUUGAUCACUUAUCAGUAGAAAAACUCCUGAUUGACAGCGUCCAUGCAAGGUGUCAUCAGAAGCUCCAGGAACUGAAGACCAUUCUUAGAGGCUUCAAUGCCAAUGAAAACUCUUCCAUAGAGACUGCAAUUCCAGCUCUUGUUGUUCCCAUUUUGGAGCCCUGCAGUAGUUCAGAAUGUCUACAUAUUUUUGUAGAUUUGCAUUCUGGAAUGUUCCAGUUGAUGCUGUAUGGACUUGACCAGUCUACUUUAGAUGACAUGGAGAAGUCUGUGAAUGAUGAUAUGAAACGGAUCGUUCCAUGGAUUCAACAACUGAAGUUUUGGCUUGGACAACAACGUUGCAAACAAUCUAUAAAACACCUGCCUACAAUAUGCAGUGAAACAUUGCAGCUUUCCAAUUACUCAGCUAAUCCUAUUGGAAACCUUUCUAAGAAUAAGCUGUUUAUUAAACUUACCCGUCUUCCACAAUACUACAUUGUUGUGGAGAUGUUAGAGGUUCCUAAUAAACCCACACAGCUGGCAUACAAGUACUACUUCCUGUCUGUGAACAGUACAGAUCGUGAUGACAGCCCUGCCAAAGCACUCGUGCUCCAGCAGUUCAAGGAAAACAUCCAGGAUGUUGUUGCACGUACAAAAGCUGGAAAACACCUGAGAACUGGUGCCAAGCGUAAGUUGUCUGGUGAUCCAUGUCCAGUAGAACCCAAGAAAACCAAACGAUCAGGAGAAGUGUGUGCCUUCAAUAAAGUUCUAGCUCACUUUGUUGCUAUGUGUGAUACAAAUAUGCCAUUUGUUGGACUUCGGUUGGAGUUGUCCAAUUUGGAGAUCCCACAUCAAGGAGUACAAAUGGAAGGUGAUGGCUUCAGUCAUGUAAUCCGCUUAUUAAAAAUCCCUCCAUGUAAGGGUGUAAAUGAGGAAACCCAAAAGGCUCUGGACCGUUCUCUUCUUGAUUGCACUUUCCGAUUACAAGGUAGAAAUAACCGCACGUGGGUGGCAGAGUUAGUGUUUGCAAAUUGUCCUCUUAAUGGCACUUCUACCAGGGAGCAAGGGCCAUCCAGGCAUGUUUAUCUGACAUAUGAAAAUCUGUUGUCUGAACCUGUUGGUGGUCGAAAAGUAGUUGAAAUGUUCCUUAAUGACUGGAAUAGUAUUGCACGAUUAUAUGAGUGUGUGUUGGAAUUUGCACAUUCCUUACCAGACAUACCUGCUCAUCUAAAUAUUUUCUCAGAAGUUCGUGUUUAUAAUUACAGAAAACUUAUUUUGUGUUAUGGAUCCACCAAGGGAAGCUCAAUUAGUAUCCAGUGGAAUUCCAUACAUCAGAAGUUUCACAUUUCUUUGGGAACUGUUGGCCCAAACUCAGGUUGCAGUAACUGUCACAAUACCAUCCUCCAUCAGCUUCAAGAAAUGUUCAACAAAACACCAAACGUGGUUCAGUUAUUACAGGUACUAUUUGAUACUCAGGCUCCAUUAAAUGCCAUCAAUAAGCUUCCCACUGUGCCAAUGUUGGGCUUGACCCAGAGAACCAACACUGCGUAUCAGUGCUUCUCCAUUCUGCCGCAGUCAUCCACCCACAUCAGACUGGCCUUCAGGAACAUGUAUUGCAUCGAUAUAUACUGCCGGAGUCGAGGUGUUGUGGCAAUACGGGAUGGUGCCUAUAGUCUUUUUGAUAAUAGCAAAUUAGUUGAAGGUUUUUAUCCUGCACCAGGACUAAAGACGUUCCUGAAUAUGUUUGUUGACAGCAAUCAGGAUGCUAGAAGAAGGUCUGUAAAUGAAGAUGAUAAUCCCCCUUCUCCUAUAGGAGGAGAUAUGAUGGAUUCUUUAAUAUCGCAACUCCAGCCACCACCCCAGCAGCAGCCAUUUCCCAAGCAACCAGGAUCAUCAAGCGCUUAUCCUCUUACUUCACCUCCUACAUCUUAUCAUAACACAGUCAAUCAGUCUCCCUCGAUGAUGCACACACAGUCCCCAGGAAAUCUGCAUGCUGCCAACUCCCCCAGUGGGGCUUUGAGAGCCCCAUCACCAGCGUCAUUUGUUCCAACUCCUCCCCCAUCCUCGCAUGGAAUCUCAAUAGGACCAGGGGCCAGUUUUGCUAGUCCACAUGGAACUCUUGACCCUAGUUCUCCAUACACUAUGGUCUCACCAAGUGGACGAGCAGGGAACUGGCCAGGAUCUCCUCAAGUGUCUGGCCCCUCACCAGCAACACGUAUGCCUGGAAUGUCACCAGCUAACCCAUCGCUCCAUUCACCAGUUCCAGAUGCUUCUCAUUCCCCUCGAGCUGGAACAAGUUCCCAAACAAUGCCGACAAACAUGCCUCCACCUCGUAAACUACCUCAGCGCUCUUGGGCAGCAUCCAUCCCCACCAUCCUCACUCACAGUGCCUUGAACAUUUUACUGCUGCCCUCACCAACGCCAGGCCUUGUUCCUGGCCUGGCAGGUAGUUACCUUUGUUCCCCACUUGAGAGAUUCCUUGGAUCAGUCAUCAUGAGGCGACAUCUUCAAAGAAUUAUUCAGCAAGAAACGCUACAGCUGAUCAAUUCUAAUGAACCAGGAGUAAUCAUGUUUAAGACUGAUGCACUGAAAUGCAGAGUAGCCCUUAGUCCCAAGACCAAUCAAACACUUCAACUAAAAGUGACACCUGAAAAUGCAGGACAGUGGAAGCCUGAUGAACUUCAAGUCUUAGAGAAAUUCUUUGAAACAAGAGUUGCAGGACCUCCGUUUAAAGCUAAUACAUUAAUAGCCUUCACCAAGCUGUUAGGAGCACCUACACACAUCCUCAGAGACUGUGUGCAUAUUAUGAAACUAGAGCUGUUCCCUGACCAGGCAACACAGCUAAAAUGGAAUGUUCAAUUUUGCUUGACGAUCCCACCCAGCGCCCCGCCAAUAGCACCUCCUGGGACACCUGCUGUAGUGCUGAAAUCCAAAAUGCUGUUUUUUCUUCAGUUAACUCAGAAAACAUCGGUCCCUCCCCAAGAACCUGUUAGUAUUAUAGUGCCAAUCAUUUAUGACAUGGCUUCAGGUACAACGCAGCAGGCAGACAUUCCUAGACAGCAGAACUCUUCUGUUGCUGCUCCCAUGAUGGUCAGCAACAUUCUAAAGAGGUUUGCAGAGAUGAAUCCACCACGACAAGGUGAAUGCACAAUAUUUGCAGCUGUUCGUGAUUUAAUGGCUAAUCUUACACUGCCCCCUGGUGGGCAUCCAUAAACACUAUUGUUUUUAAACCAGGAAGGCUGACAAAUGAGACAACACACACACAAAAAGUCUGAAGUCAGCCCUCAGUUUAUAAAAGGAAAAGAACUUUGUUUCACUUUAAGAUCUAAAAAUUCUAAACUGGCAAAAAAAUUUCAGGGUGCACUUCUUUCAUCAAAAAGAUCAUCAAUCUUUUGUAUAGUUAACUUGUAUAGUGUGUUUAAAUGGGACACAUUUCCAAAUAGGUAACAAUACAUCAGUGUCGACUUGCCAGUAAUAGAGUUAAUAUUCUGUUUUAUACUAUAAAAUUAU